AUGGCACCGCAUUUUGAUCUGGGCGUUCGAACUCAAGGCCAGAAACGCCCCGCGGAGAGCGACCCCGACGGCGACCAACCUUUGACCAAGAAGUUCGGGCGCCUGCACAUCGGGCCUCUGCCAGAUUGCAAUGGGUUCGGACAGGAGCACGCGCCACCGGCAGUCCGGCAGCCAUCGUUGCCAAGCGACUCGAUGCUGUUAGACGACACAGAGCACACGACCUACAUCUACGAUUUAGAACGCGAGUUGAAAGAGAUAGAAGCACAGGAGGGCUGCAUCGCCUUUCUGCCGGAAAUCGAGAAGCGACUGGUUUCAGUACCAAAGGCCUUACUCGCAGAUUCGAAGCCGCGAAAUAAUGAGCUUGUGGUCUACCAAGUACCGACGUCAUUGACCGUUCCCAAGGAACAGGACAGCGUUCGAAAGGCUAUUAUUGAAUCCAGAGCAAGAGCUAGAGAAAAGCAAGCUGAGAUACAAAGAAGGAAUCAUCCGGAGAUCCAGCGCAACUUGGCAACCGAUGCUCCGAACGGCUCCUCUGGCACUGCAGCGGAUGUGCCUCGAGAUCCAACCGAGACGAUGGAUAUCGAUUAG